UGGUCGUUCCUCCAGGGCCUCCUCAGCGGAGUGAACAAAUACUCCACGGCCUUUGGCCGAGUGUGGCUCUCCAUCGUUUUCCUCUUCAGGGUCAUGGUGUUCGUGGUGGCGGCCGAGAAAGUCUGGGGCGACGAACAGAAGGACUUCAAGUGCAACACGGCCCAACCCGGGUGUCACAACGUCUGCUACGACCACUUCUUCCCCGUGUCCCACAUCCGGCUGUGGGCGCUGCAGCUCAUUUUCGUCACCUGCCCGUCACUCCUGGUGGUGAUGCACGUGACCUACAGGGAGGACAAGGAGAAGAGGAACCGCGAGAAGUAUGGCGAAAACUGCCGCCGUCUCUAUCAGAAUCCGGGUAAAAAGCGCGGCGGCCUCUGGUGGACGUACGUCCUCACUUUGGUUUUCAAGAUCGGCGUGGACGCCACCUUCGUCUACCUGGUGUAUCACAUCUACGAAGGCUACGACUUCCCGUCGCUGAUCAAGUGCGAGCAGAAGCCGUGUCCCAACAAAGUGGACUGCUUCAUCUCCCGUCCCACGGAGAAGAGGAUCUUCACCCUCUUCAUGGUGGUCACCAGUCUGCUCUGCAUCCUGCUGUCCAUUAUUGAGAUCCUCUACCUGAUCGGCAAACGCUGCCGCGAAUGCGUCACGUCCAUGCACCACUCCCGCCAAACCGUCACCAACACGAUAUCGAGCGGAAGCACCUUGAUGGUGGAAAACAACAUAAAGCGGCCGAGAGACAAAACCCCCGAGACCCCCGCCCCCUCCUACAGUGUGGUCGUAUCGUGAGGCAUCGUCCCGCCAUGAAGACGAGAGACUGUUGGACCAGAACUGACCCUGAGUUCGUCUGAACUACACUGGAGUUACCUGGAGACCAGAGGAGCCUCUGGACCAUCAGACUAAAACUAGUACUUUCUGUGCACAUGAGCAACGUUCAGUACCAGGAACUGUUUUCAGGGAACUGAACAAUUCCAUCUGGUCUGCGUCAAAUUAACUUUGUUUUUUCCUAGUCUUCCUGGAUGUUCUCAGUGCUGCCUACAGAACUCCUGCAUCAGUAAAUAUGUCACCGGUGAAAGUUAAAAUAAUAUUUUAUAUCUUUUCUCAUAAAUUGUGGUGUUUAAAAAAGUGUCGCGUUUACAGACCGAUCGUAACAGUGUUUGUCCAAACUCCACCCCCAAGAUUUUUGUAUUUUCCUUCAACCGCACCUCAGAGGAGUAGUGGCUAAAACCAGUCCCGUCCCAUCGAUGUGCAGCAGUGCAGUUCCUGGUUCCUGUUCCUGUGGUGGGAACAUCCUCGCGAUGUGUCACCGACGUGGAAUGUGAUGCUGUUUUGAGAAAAAAAACAAAAAACAACUUAAUUUAAGCAAAGAUAAAAAAAAAAGAAAAAGUGAAUGUGUGUGUGUGUGUGUGUUUCCUCUGUGUGAGUCACUCUGUGGUUUUCAUAAACAUGUGGUUCCUCUGUCAGAUUUUCCCUCUGCUCCUGCCCAGCCUUCGAACCUCCAGUGUGGACGUCACUGUAAACGUUGAACUUAUUUAACUUUGUUCUUUUUCUCUGUGUGUGUGUGUGUUUUCCUGAAAUCAACCAUAAUAAUCGAUGAAGUCCAGACGUCGGUGUCGUCUGUUUUUAUACCUGUUUUUGGCUGCACAGAUGUAAAUAGCAUUUUCUAUUAAAGAGGAUUAUUUUCGUGUUUGAAAA